AUGCACGACUUCUUCGCUGUUGUAUUUGGUCAAGUGGUUAGCAUGUACGGGGCAGAUCUUGACUGUCCUGGUAACAACUGGGAGCUGGCGCUUAUAUGCUCUUGUGCCUUAGAGAGAAGUAGUCCUGCGCUUGAUCUGUCUCCGGUCGCACCGGAUAAGUCACAACCCCCAUUGAAGACAGUAAAAGGGAUAGACAAUACAAAUGGC